GAGGGAUUAUGGGUGAGAGAAGGGAGAGAAGGCGAGAUUGGAUAUUUUGGGGGGAGGGAAGAGCGGCGAGACGGGUUGACGCCAAAUGCGGGAAGGAGCGUGGCCAAUCAAAGGCCGCAGCGGGAACACAACAGUCCUGCAAUGUAAGUUUGGUAAGACGGAGUAAUCGUUAUUGUUAGUAACUACAGCUGACAGUGCGAUGCCGCCUAGGAUCCACGGCACGUGUGGGCGAUCGACUGUUCACAGGCGCCGUGCAAGACGGACUAGUUAAUUAAGAAAUUAGCAAAUUUGCGUGGAAUGAACGACAAGGAUGGCUUGCUUGGCAUGGGCAUAUGAUGCGCCUGGCUCGAGGAUUAAAUGUUGUGCGUAGAUAAUAGUGGCAUCACACGACAAGCUGUUACCAGAGCGACCUGAUUGAUACGUCCAAUUGCGCUCUGAAUGGCCUCGCUGCUAUCUUGCUUGGUGUUGCAGAGGGAGGAAUCCAAGCGAUGACGCGAGUGGCCGUCACUGCCUCGCGGAACCUCUGCCGAGCCUAUGUGAAGACAGGCUUGGCACCAGAAAUGUCCAUUAUUACGUAACGGCUGGCUAGUACGAAGCAAGGGCGACUGCUGUCUUCUCUC